AUCUGCCUUCUAUAAGCAGCCUUGGGCCUACCAAGGUGGUCAGCAAUGGCUAAACCUCAAAGAUUGCAGGCCUUUGGCUGCUUUCUUUUCUUCUCUUUCCUUCUCUCUUCAUUAUCAACGUUCACUUUUGCAUUGUCUGACGCUGAAGCAUCCUAUAUUGCUCAUCGCCAGCUCCUAACCCUUCCUGAAAAUGGCGAACUUCCAGAGGAUUUUGAAUAUGAAGUCAAAAUAGUUGAAACUUUCGCCAAUCAAAGGCUCAAGAGGGCUUACAUUGCCCUUCGUGCCUGGAAAAAGGCAAUGUACUCCGAUCCAUUGAACACAACUGGCAACUGGGUUGGCCCCAAUGUGUGUGGCUACACCGGUGUCUUCUGUGCUCCGGCACUGGAUGACCCCAAGUUGAGUGUUGUAGCCGGCGUUGAUCUUAACCAUGCUGACAUUGCUGGAUACCUUCCAGCAGAGUUGGGGCUUAUGACCGAUCUUGCAUUGUUCCACAUAAACUCUAACAGGUUUUGUGGAAUUAUACCUAAGAGCUUGUCUAAGCUUACGCUUAUGCAUGAGUUUGAUGUCAGCAACAACCGCUUUGUUGGUCCUUUCCCAGAAGUUGUUCUAUCAUGGCCAGGGCUCAAGUACCUUGAUGUCAGAUUCAAUGAUUUUGAAGGCAAACUACCUUGUGGCAUUUUCGAAAAGGACCUUGAUGCGUUGUUCUUGAACAACAACAGGUUCACCUCCACCAUUCCCGAAACGAUUGGCAAAUCCACGGUGUCUGUUGUGACAUUUGCCAACAACAAAUUCAGCGGAUGCAUUCCACACAGCAUUGGCAAGAUGGCGAACCUGAAUGAGAUAAAUUUCAUGAACAAUGACCUUGGUGGUUGCUUCCCAGCAGAAGUUGGGUUGCUAAGCAACGUGACUGUCUUUCAUGCCGGUCUCAACUCAUUUACAGGCAUCUUGCCACAAAGCUUUUCGGGCUUAAAGAAGGUUGAGCUCUUGGAUAUUUCUCACAACAAGCUGACAGGAAUUGUACCCGAGAAUGUCUGCAAGUUGUCGAGCUUGUCCAAUUUCACAUUCUCUUACAACUACUUCAAGGGAGAGGCCAAUGCUUGCAUUCCACCUUCAAGGAAGGACAUUGUGAUAGAUGACACCAGCAACUGUUUAGGUGGUAGGCCAAAGCAGAAGUCAGCCAAGGAAUGCUAUCCCGUGGUGAGCCGCCCUGUGGACUGUAGCAAGGACAAGUGUGGUGGAGGCUCUUCACCUUCCAAACCACACGCUCCUAAGACACCAUCACCUUAUAAAUCCAGCCCAUCAAAGCCACAGCCAAAACCACCCGUCACAGCGCCUCCACACCCAAAGCCGAAACAAUCCACACCGGAGGAGCCACAUCGACGACCUCCGGUACAGCGGCACCCUAAACCACCAUCUUCAGCACCAGCACCGUCACCUGAUCCACAUGACCAAUCUCCAGUGACUCCUAUCAGGCCACAAGCACCUAAGAACCCAACUCGAGAGCCACCCCCAGCACCUAAGAAGCCGACUCCUGAGUCGCCAAAAUCACCAGCAGCACCGGAGAAUCCAACUCAGCCACCAAAAUCAUCACCAAUGCCUUCACCUGACCCAUACGGUAAUUCUCCUGUUGGAGAUGUCCGCUCACCUCCACCAGUCUACUCACCACCCCCACCCGUGCACUCACCCCCGCCACCAGUCCAUUCACCACCGCCACCACCAGUCCAUUCUCCACCACCACCUCCACCUGUCUUCUCACCCCCACCAAUUCACUCACCACCUCCACCAGUCUACUCACCCCCACCACCGCCACCUGUGUAUUCACCACCUCCACCAGUCCAUUCACCACCACCUCCUGUCUACUCCCACCACCACCAAGUCUACUCCCCUCCACCACCUGUCCAUUCACCACCCCCACCCGUCUACUCUCCACCACCACCACCACCACCUGUCCACUCUCCACCUCCACCAGUUUACUCACCACCACCACCUGUACAAUCCCCACCUCCACCGGUUUACUCACCACCACCACCACCAGUUCCAACUCCAUCUCCUCCUCCUCCUGUUGCUUCUGCACCGCCACCUACCGAGGAAUUUGUCCUCCCACCAAACUUGGGAUUCCAGUACUCUUCGCCACCUCCACCAAUGUUUCCAGGCUACUAAAUAGUAUAGCCUUAAACAUCUUUAUAUUGUAUAUUCCCCCUUUUGGCUAUAAAAAAUGAAAAAAGAAGCAAAGAGGCUAAGUACACAGGCAUUUUGUUAGCUUGACUUCUCAAUGGAUUUGCAAUUUCCAUUAAGUAGAGAAGUUUCUUACAUGCAUAUGAAUCUCCAUGACAUCUGAUUUGCAAUUAUUAAGUGCAUUUAUUUUUGUUG